AGGCGUUGAAGGAGUGGUAUUCUGACUGACGGGCACAGGGACAACACCUGCAUGUGGGAAGACAUGAACAUGGGGAGUCCCGGAAGUCACAUUUUCGGAUAAUUAGAAAAUCAACUAAGGAGACUUGGAAUGUUGUUAGUGUUGGACAUGAGAAUUGCUGAUGAUAUGUUUGGCGACGCUGCUAGAAAAGCCAAUUGAAGACAGUGUGACUAAUCUUGUGUGUGGGUCAGGAAUUACUGCGGUGUCUCCAAGGAAGGGGGUGGUGCCACACGUGUCCCCACCAAUGAAGACGUGAGGAUCAGAGGCGGAAUGCUACUGUAGGGUAGAUAGUCAAAGGAAAGAAUGCAGUCCACAGGCCAUCGGCUACGAGAUGUGGAGCAGCAUCACCCCUUGCUGGCCAGCGAGGAGGAGGAGGAGCAGCUUAAAGGGGUGUGUUCGGCAUCAGGGGAGCGUGUCUGGUUCAUCCAGGACAGCUGUGGCAUCGUGUGCGCCGUGAUGACCUGGUUCCUGGUGUUCUACGCCGGGUUUGUGGUCAACUGUGUCAUGCUGCUCCCUUCUAAGAACUUCUGGUUCUCGUUGGUCAAUGGGGUGGCCUUCAACUUCCUGGGUGUGCUGGCGUUGUCAUCGCACAUUCGCACCAUGCUUACAGACCCGGGAGCAGUCCCCAAGGGCAACGCCACUAAAGAGUACCUGGACAGCUUGCAGCUGAAGCCUGGCGAGGUCAUCUACAAGUGCCCAAAGUGCUGCAGCAUCAAGCCUGAAAGAGCCCAUCACUGCAGCAUUUGUAAGAGAUGUAUCUGCAAGAUGGAUCACCACUGUCCCUGGGUGAAUAAUUGCGUGGGCGAGAAAAAUCAGCGCUUCUUUGUGCUGUUCACUAUGUAUGUAGCCUUGAUCUCAGCCCAUGCACUCUGCUUGACUGGCCACCAGUUCUAUGCCUGUGUCAGAGUCCAGUGGAAUGAGUGCAGUGACUUCUCCCCUCCUGUGGCUGUCAUGCUCAUGAUCUUCCUCUGCCUAGAGGCGCUUCUCUUCCUCACUUUCACCACUGUCAUGUUUGGCACUCAGAUCCACUCCAUCUGCAACGACGAGACGGAGAUCGAGCGGCUGAAAAAUGAGAAGCCCACGUGGGAGCGGCGGGUCCGGUGGGAGGGCAUGAAGGCAGUGUUCGGCGGGCCUCCCUCGCCCAUCUGGUUCAACCCCUUCGCCGGGUUGCAGCUGCAGCGCCUCCUGAUGGUCAGAGCGCGCAAGGGCGGCGCAGAGUUCUCCGUCUGAGGAGAGAGACCAAUCCUCCUCCUCCCCCUAAACGCACCACACCAUCAGCCAGUCAUGCCUCAGGGACUGUACCAACAGACCCUAGGAGAGUCUUGAGGCAUGUCCCUAAAGGUUUUAAACUGGGGGUAGCAUUAUUUGUUUUUGUUGACAACAUUUUCAGGACUACAUGACAAAAGAGCCUAUUGUUACGGUGGGACUGGAGUGCAAAACACAAAAACAAAAAGGAAAUGUGAAACCAAAAACUUGCAGCCUGGAAGUGCAGAUAUCACAUGCAAAAACAAGAAGCUGUGGUCCUCAGGAGCAGAAGGAAAUGUACAAACCCCUAAAAUUUGAAAUCAUGAGUGCAGCUGAUGAUGUAUUUCUGUAUAUUUAUUUUUUUUUGCUGCAUUUUUACCUCAGGACUUUUUUUUUCUUGUUUUGCACUUCAGGACUGAAAGUUUUUGUGUUUGUCUGUUGCAUCUGCUCCCCAGGACCACAGGUUUUUGUUUUUGUUUUUGUAUACUGUAUCUGCACCUAACAUUUUUGGUUUCAUGUUUUUUUUUUGUGAUUUGCACUGUACGUUUGCCUAAUGGAAUUCAUCUAGCCGUCCGUUCGCCACACUGUUACAGCUAUGCUGACCUGGCCCCAGACCAGCUUACAGUAAUGGGAAUGUGCGUUUCUCUCCCCCCCUUUUAAUGUCUUUUAAAAAAAAAAGUAAAGCCUGCGGUGAACAGGUGUUCCAUCAAAACUAAGCUGUAGAAUCCUUGAUGCUUAAGUGUUGAUUCAAGGGUUGACUGGAGUUUCCAUGAGGUUCAGACCAGUACAGCUCUUUGCUGGUUAUCAUGAGGGAAUGUCAAACGGCACGGCACAGAACAGAACAGCACAGCUCCUGUUGGGUGCCCUGGAUCUAGUCAUGCAUUACUUCAUAACAGUGUAGGUUAGCUGUGGUAACUCAGUCACCUGAGCUCCAGAAGACAAGUAUUUAUGCUGAUCUCAAACUACAGAUAAACCAUUGCUCUAAGGACGCAGUGAUUCUCGCAGUCACUUUUUGUUGAAAGACUCGUAAUUUUUGUGAUGACCACUAAUGAAUGACUAAGAAUGAUUUGAGUAUCAUCGCAUCACCCUCCACAUCUGGGUGAAAUCUGAACUGUUCGUAGUGUAGUUGUUUUAAUAGAUGAAUGACAUAUGACUCCUUCAGUAAAAUCGAAACAACAUCUUGGAUGUCACAUGUUUGAGGACAAGCAAGUCUAAAGGUACCUCUAAAUGGACACAGUAUAAUGUUGGAAGAAAGGUUGGUGUAUUGUAUGAAAGAUUUUGUACAGGCCCAUUAUGCAAUGCUAGUGGAUGCAUUUUGAAUACAAAAUGUGGUGCAGAUCCUUUCUGAAAAAAAAAAAAAAAAACCUUGGAAAUGGACUAUUCAGAAGUUCAUGAAGGCCCACCAAAAAUCCUACUCCCCAGCUAAAUUGGGUCAAAUCCAAAGUGGCCAAUAUCACUGUUAUUUUCAGUCUAGGAACUCAUUGAGAAACUGAGCAAUCUUAACAGGCCCUCGUACACCGAACACUUAACUCCUUAUUCUUUUGUGUCAUUUAAGCUUCUGGUUGUGAAUGGUCUUGUUUUGGUCUUCAAAAAUGACUACAGCCUACAAAAAAACAGCCAAGAUCUAAAAUAGCAGCUGUAUUUAAAAUAAGCCUCCUCUCAUCCCACAUCUCACUUUUGCUCUGAAUAGGGCAUUUUUAACACACUAACUGCUUGCACAACUACUAACAUUUAAAAACACAUCAGCUCAUGAUUUACUGUGUUUGUUUUCAGUGUAAACAAGCCUAGUUAUUUACCUGCACAAUCAUGCAGACUUAGAGGAAAUCUGUCUUGCACACAAUUUCCCCCUUUUUUUUAUAAAUAAAAAUACGAUGUCAAAAUACUCCAAAGCAGUGCUUAGAGAUCAAAUGUUGAAAUGCCGACUUCCCCACAUAUCUGUAUGCAGCCACAUCUCAGAUCCCCCCAGUUAUAUUAAACUACUGAAGAGAAAAUCUUCACCUGAUUUUUGAAAAUUUGCCUUUAAAUUAUUGUACUACGAAUGUAUGUUUUGAACUUUUGGUCUCUUGGUUUUGCUGAGCUCAUGAAGGGAUAUGCCUAAGGUUGAACAAGCCUGAACUGUUUUCCACACUACAAGCAGUAUUCAUAACUUCCUGUAAUUGAGAGAAUGUGUGUUCAAGUCUUAGUUGCUUGGAAAGGCUUGCAGAAUGGUUACCUGUUUACCAGCUGCAUAUUACUGCACCUCAGUGGAUUAAACUGUACAUGCUGGCAAAGUGUGGACUUGGGACAAUUUACCCAUUCCAAAAUCAUGACUUGAGUUAUAGUGGUGAUUCUAUGUUGGCAAUCCUUCGCUGAGCAGCUUUAAGAAUUCAGGUCCACAAAAUCUGUUAUUUCAUCGACUUUCUACAGAAUGGAUUCUUUGCGCUUUAAGAACUUCAAUGGCCAAUUGCUGGAAUUUGUGAACAUCAUAUCUAGUGUGUUCCUGUCCAGAUUUUACUGAGCUUGAUUCUCAGUAAUCAGGGUAGAAGAAAAGAGAAUGUGUAAACAUAAAUAAAACCAUUACAAAUGUGUUA